AUGGCUUUGGUGAACUAUACGCUGCCAUUUGGCAACAUACAGCCCCCAACGUGGGCUACCGUGAGUCCGUUGCAAAACCAGCAUGCAUCGGCUGUAAACAAUCUGCUGUACGGACCGGCCGGUCAUCAGGGAGAUGAUCAGGAUUUUUACAAGAACGCUCCAUAUGCUCCACCGCAGCGACAGGCGAAGCAAUCUACUCCUCAACAGCAACAACAGCAGCAGCAACCGCAGCAACAUUCGAUACAGUACCGACAAACGCCCAGGAACAACUACUUGCCUCCUCCAUCGUACAUCCCGCCAAGUGCCAACUAUCCACAGGCACCCACACCGCCUCCACAGACGCAGCAACCACCCGGUCGGACGUACGGCGAGGGUACGUACGGGGACGGAAGCGGUAACCCACCGAACGCGGGUGUACCGCAACAAGCGCAGCCACCGUCUCAGCAACCCGCAUACUACGAGUACUCGUCCGGUAGCUACGCCACCCAACCCGGUCGUCCAUUUGCGGAUCAGCACGCGAACCCACAGACGGGCACGAGUUAUCGCACCAAUACUCCACAACCGGCGGCACCACGAAUGCCCGUCAAUCAGGGCGGUGCCGCCAACUACCCGCAGAGACCGCCCGUGUACGCUAGCGUGGGGUCAACCGGGCCCCGCACCUCGAUACAUCCGGUGCUGGAUUACGAUGAGGAGGAGGAUGAUGAUUACUACGACGAGGCGGUGGAGGUGACUCCGAUUGUUGGGAUCUCAGAUAACCGAAAAAACUCUCGCAUGCCAACAGUCACACCGAUCCAGGGGCCCAUAUUUAUAAAGAAUGGGACCGUUCCUGUUGUGCCAUUAUUCGCGUAUCCUCAAGUCAGCAACGGAACAUUCAUCCAAAUACCGAUAUGGUGGACAGCUUUAUCCGUCGCACUCGGGCUCAGCAUUCAUGGAGAUGUCAUCAGGGGUGUUCCUUGCAUAAAGAAGUACCAUCAACUGUUCUGUCCAACGGCGGGCAAUACCUAUCCUAGUGACAAGAUUGAGAUGUUCAUCGAUGAGAACAAAGCACUAAUGAAGCGAAUGUAUGGUGACUUCGAGAUGGCAUCACGGUUUCCGUCGUCGUCCCCGGGGCGGAAACGUAAGCGGAGUGUACCGGGGACGGAUCCCUACGGUGACGAUGACGAGUUUACGCUACUGCCGGAACUGAUGGACCUGUACGGCGAGCCGGGCGGUGAGGUGCGGCUCGGUGGCGAUUCGUACUUCAGCAAACUGCGCAAGAAACGUCAAAAUCAGAACACUAGCACCCGUGGUAACAAUGGUGGACGUGGAAGCGGCGGUAGUGGCAGUGGAUCUAGUGGAGGAAGCACCAAUGCACGCCAGACGGCAACUCCAGCCAACGGGAAUGGCGGCGGAGCGAACGGCGAAUCCAACACGGGCAGGGUUGAUGCCUGCGAGUCGAAGAUCGAGAUAGUGACGCCAUACUGGGCGACGAAUUCUGCCGGCAAGGUGCGCGCCAUCGUCAACACGCAGCAUUUUGAGCAGGCGAUCCACCAGGAAGUGUGUUCCAAAACCCAAACGAACCGUUGCUCCGGAGACUGUGGCUGUGAGCAGAAGUACAAAUGGCACCGAUUGCUAGCGUACGAUCCGGACAACGAUUGUAAGGGCAUCUUUAUGGACUGGUUCCUGUUUCCGUCGUGUUGCGUCUGCCGGUGCAAUCCUUAG